AGCGGAGCUGCGGGCGAGCGGGCGAGCGGUCGCCAUGGCGACGGCGGGCGGAGGAGGAGCGGCGGCGGGAACGGCGGCGUCGCUGAGCAACCGCGCGCGCCGCCACAAGUGGGCGCUGGAGCUCGCGCCGGGCGGCGGCGGCAGGAGCCGCGAGCGACAGGGGGGGCAGGGGGAGAUGGUCUACCCCGUGGGGUACUCUGACCGGCAGCUCCCUGACACCAGCGUGCAGGAAACGGACCGCAUCCUGGUGGAGAAGCGAUGCUGGGACGUGGCGCUGGGGCCGCUGAAGCAGGUGCCCAUGAACCUGUUCAUCAUGUACAUGGCCGGCAACACCAUUUCCAUCUUCCCCAUCAUGAUGGUGUGUAUGAUGGCAUGGAGACCCCUGCAGGCCCUGCUGGCCAUCUCCGGCACUUUCAAACUGCUGGAGAGCUCGAGCCAGCAAUGGCUGCAGGGCCUGGUCUACCUGAUCGGCAACUUGCUGGGGCUGGCUCUGGCCAUCUACAAGUGCCAGGCCAUGGGGCUGCUGCCUACACACACCUCCGAUUGGCUGGCCUUCGUCGAGACACCCCAGAGGGUGGAGUACGCUGGGGGGGGCCUGCUCCUGUGAACCCCCCGUGACCCCUGAGUGACCCGGGACUGAUCCCCUCCCCCCAGCGGCGGCGGGGUUAACGGCGAGAUCAUCACCACGGCAACGACCAGCUCUCCCUCUCCCCCCCCUGGUUCUCACUUUCCUCCUCUUCACUUUCUCUGUCUCUCUCUCUCUCCUUUCCACUCUUCCACAUUCUCCUUUUUCACUUUCUCUCCUUCCUCUUUCCACCUUCUCUGCCUCACCUUUCCACUCUCUCUCUCUCUCUCCUCCCCUUUCCACUUCCUCUCUCUUCUUCCCUUUUACUUCUUUUCUUCCCAUUUCCACUUUCCCUCUCUCUCUUCCUGCAUUUCUUCUCUCUCUCUUUCUCUCCGUGCCUGUAGAUGUGAAAUAAAACGUGUUCUCGGUC